AGGUAAGUAGUCUUGCUGGCAUCCUCCUGGCUUCAGCCUGCCUUUGCUGGUUGGCGUAGUUUCUGCAUCGUUGCGGUUUACGGUCACCUCACAGUUGUCAAGGUUUUUCUCUGCUACUUGUCGACUUCUUCUCCUGCUCUUCUAAUCAUGUCCGACCCCGACUCAUCGUUGGCCUAUGACCAGCCCGAACAGGGUUCGCAAGAUCACCUACCCGUCGAGAGUGCGCAUUGGAAUAACAAUUACUAUGGAAGACCUCUAAACGGUCAACAACACUGGGCGCCGGCACAGUACGCACCACAAGAUCCUGCUGAUUACUAUGGUGCAAACAACCAUCUUCCAAACCCUGCCUUCACGCGACACCCCAAUCUCUCCGUUCCUUCCCUGCCCUCCCACAGUCAAAGAUCAGAAUAUGACGACGUGCCGCCACUCCCCAACUUCAAUCCCUCAUCUAUCGUAGACAGCAUAAACGCAAUGCGCUUGAGUGAUCCCGUGCCGCGUGGGACAAGCGCAAUGUCCUACAGCUCUGACCCUGCUCCUCGUGCAGGAACUUCCAUGUCAAUGCAAUCCCUCUCCCCCGGUCACCGUGGUCCAUACCCGCCGCGAUAUGCGAGCACGUUACCAGCAGCGCCUAACGUGAAUGUUAUCCGUCCCCUACGAGUUCGACAACCAGCCGAACGUUCACACACAGUCGAUGAAGCCUCACUUUACUCUAGUGAUCGCCAUAGUGGCGGAUACAGAGAUGCCGUCGAGACGAGUAGCCUCUCCGCGGAUACAGAUGUCGUGGAUAUGUAUAAUUACGACAAUCAAAGCUCUGCGCCGAGUGGAUACCCUUCCUCAGAAAGCUCCGCUACACCUUAUUCUCAACCCCCACCAUAUCCACAGAGACAGUUUCAAGUUGGGCGGCAGGGUGCACAGACUGGUCUGCCUCCCGCCUACUAUCCUCCUGGCCCAGGUCCUACGCACCCCGGUCCCUCUCAUCCGGAUGAAUAUGAUCAUCUAUAUGCUGCCGCAUCUGACGUCCUUGGUAUGGGUCUACCACCACCACAGCACCACAUGCCGGUCUAUCCCGCCGGUCCUGCGUAUGGAAGCCAAGUAUCUCUUCCUUUAAGCCAGGUAUCACUUCCUUUAAGCCAAUCUACACCUUAUCUUGCUCCCCCCGGUUCGGGACCUUAUGGCGGUAGUCCUGGGAUGUUGCCCUACGGCGCCCCUCCUAACUCGUCGGUGGCCCAAGGGCUGGAUGACCCCGAGUUCGAGCUUCGGCCUACAUCAUUACAACGUUCUGCUACCUCCGCAUCAGUUGAUCCACGCACCAGGAAAACGAAGGCAGUUGAUCUCACGGCCCCCCCGUUCACGAAGGAGUACAUCGACCAGUACCGACAGCGCAUUAAGGCUGAUCCAGACCCAGAAGCUCAUUUUUUGUAUGCAAAAUACCUGAUAGAUGCUGCUAAGAAGAUAGGAGCGGAUGCCAAGGACCAACGGGCUGUGAAGAAGUAUCGUGACUUACUCGAGCAGAAGGAAGCUUAUGACGAGGCACAGUUCUUCUUAGCCAACUGUUUCGGGACGGGUUCUCUGGGUCUCCAAGUGGACCAUGAGCGUGCGUAUCACCUGUACCUACAAGCCGCAAAACAGAAUCACGCAGCAGCUUCAUACCGCGUCGCUGUCUGUAACGAAAUUGGAGCAGGCACACGACGGGAUCCACAACGGGCUUCUGCGUUCUACCGGAAGGCAGCAUCACUGGGUGACACUGCCGCAAUGUACAAGUUGGGCAUGAUUCUUCUACUUGGGUCUUUGGGAGAGCAGAAGAACCCAAGAGAAGCUAUCAACUGGUUGAAACGGGCUGCGGAGCAAGCCGACGAGGAAAAUCCACAUGCACUACAUGAACUCGCCAUGCUUCACGAAAUGCCAAACUCGCAACUGGUUAUUCACGAUCCCGCGUAUGCCAAGUCACUAUAUGAACAAGCUGCGCGCCUGGGUUAUACACAGUCCCAGUACAAGCUCGGACAAUGUUACGAGUACGGCACGCUGACAUGUCCUGUUGAUCCUAGGCGAUCAAUAGCAUGGUACACCAAGGCAGCAGAGAAAGGGGACUCCGAGGCUGAGCUGGCUCUCAGCGGAUGGUAUCUGACAGGGAGUGAGGGUGUUUUGAAGCAGAGUGACUCUGAAGCGUAUCUAUGGGCACGUAAAGCUGCCAACAAGGGCCUGAGCAAAGCAGAAUAUGCUGUGGGGUACUAUGCCGAGGUGGGGAUCGGAAUCAAGCAGGAUAUUGAGUUCGCCAAGAGGUGGUAUAUGAGAGCAGCAGCGCAAGGGAACAAGCGAGCCAUGAACCGGCUGACGGAGAUGAAGCGUAUGGGUAAUAAGCGCUCCAACGUUGGACGGCCAACACGACAACAAGCCAAAGAUGAAUGUGUUAUCUGCUAGUAACCCUGGAUGAUUGCUAUCAUGUUCGCUGUCCUUUUUCCCGAUGGUCGCCCGUCCUUAAUUAUUAUCAUUGGCUUCUCGGCUGAUCAUUGAACACUCUGGAUAUUGAUAUUGCAUGUAUCUGCUGUCGAUGUUUUGCAGCCUGGCUAUGUUACUAACUAAGUAUGAGCUACCUGAACGUUCAGAAUCAUAGCAAGCAGUAUUGUCAC